AUGACUGAUCAUAAUAAUACAUUUGGUGCUACUAUGAACAAAGCACUAAAGGAUGAUGGGGAUGAUUUUUUAAAUAUGGCGUUAAAAAAAUGGAAAUUCAACUCAAAGUAUAAAAGAAACCAAAUAAUAUUUAUUUGUUUGCUUGUAUUCUUCUUAACGUUUGGAUCAGUAUUUACAUAUUACUAUACAUAAAUACAGUAAAUAAAAGAAUAGUAUGACAAUCAAUGCUCACUAAAUACCCGCUGUUAGAUUUAAAUAGAUAUUACAUAAAAAAUGACUUAGCCUAUUUUUUUCUAUUAUGAGAUUGAUAAUUUCUAUCAAACAAACAGAAAGUUCUACUAAUCAAAAGAUACUCUUCAGCUAAAAGGUGAAGAUAGAACUAUUUCACAGCUAUCUUCAUGUGCUCCAUAUGUUACAAAUCAAGAUAUGGGGAAAACAUUAAGCUUUACAGGAUAAACUUUGAAUCCCUAAGAUCCUGCUAUUCCUUGUGGAUUAUUAUCAAAGCUUUAUUUUAAUGAUACAUAUUAACUUUAAAGUUAAAAUGGGACUCUUAUUUAAAUCGAUCAAUCAUAAAUAGCUUGGACUGUUGAUAUUGAUUAUAACUAUAAAUAAACAAGUGAUGCUCCACAAAAGGCCUGGGUAGAUGUGACAGAUGAGCAUUUUAUGGUAUGGAUGAGAACAUCAGGAAUGGGAACAUUUAAGAAAUUAUGGGGAAGAAUAAAAUAGGACUUGCCAGCUGGAGUAUAUAAGUUAACAAUAAACAACUAAUAUAAUACAUCUGAAUAUAACGGAUAGAAAUUCUUUAUAAUAACUACUUCUUCUCCCUUUGGUUAAAAAAAUAUUGUUCUAAUUGUUGCUUAUUUUUCAGGAGCUCUUAUUUGCAUCAUUUCAGUAGUUUCUUUGUAUUUUUUCAACAAGGCAAAGAAAGAUAAAUGA